AUACCUCUGGUUCAAGAACUCCAACACAAUCAAAUAUGAAAGGAAUUGCUAGAACAUUGAAUAUCAUAUUUGAAAAUUUAAAUGAAACUAAUUCCAAAUUAAAUCAUAUUAAUGAAAUAAUCAGUCAUCUUUAUUCUGAAAACAUUGAUGAAGCUGCCUUCAAGUUUAAUCUAGAGAAACCACCAAGUGAUUAUUAUAAUCAAGAUAUAUUAAAUAAUUAUAUAAAAUUUAACAAGAAAAUUAUCUUAAAAGAA